AUUUCUUUCUUUUCCCACUGAAACAAACGUCAAAUACACAGCUGUCAGGUGCUUUAAGUCAGGUGACAGUCUUGAAUAUUAUUUUCUUUCCAAAAAAUUUAUUAAAAUGGCUUUACAUUCUGCUAUGAAAGGGAAAUUGAUAUCCGUGAUCGGAGACGAGGAUACUUGCGUUGGAUUUCUUUUGGGUGGAGUUGGAGAAAUCAACAAGAACCGCCACCCCAAUUUCUUGGUGGUUGAUAAAGGCACACCAGUCAGUGAAAUUGAGGAGUGCUUCAAAAGAUUUAUGAAGAGAGACGAUAUUGAUAUUAUUUUGAUUAAUCAGAAUAUUGCUGAAUUGAUUAGGCAUGUGAUUGAUGGACACACUUCACCAAUCCCUGCUGUCUUGGAAAUUCCGUCAAAGGACCAUCCAUAUGAUGCCAGCAAGGACUCCAUCCUCCGACGCGCAAAGGGAAUGUUCAAUCCUGACGAAAUGAUGUAAAUUAUUGUUAUGUAAUGUUACUUCUGUAUUAUAGGUGUAGAAAAAAUAGAAAAUUGUAAAUACAUUCCUUGUAAAAUUUAUUCACAAAACAAAAAGUCUCAAUUUUAUUGAAGUAAAAAUCACAGUGUCCAAAAUACAUACAAAACAAAUAAAGAGAUCCAAAUCCAA